AAUCUUCUUCGUUUCCCCUAAUUUCCCAGAAAAAAUGAAAAUUUCUUCAAUCUUCUUCUUCUGAAACCUUACUCUAAUUCGAUCCAGAUUUCAAACUCCAGAUCAUGUGAAAAAGAUGUUUAGUGAAGAAGUAUUGAAGAAUGUGUUUCCAUUGCUAGAAGGCGAAGAUCUCGCGGCUUGUAUGGGUGUAUGUAGACAGUGGAGAGAUAUCGCUAUUGACGAUUUUUAUUGGAAAUGUCAAUGUGCAAAGAAAUGGCCAUCGGUUUGCAAAAGGCAUAAACCUCCUACUGAAACAUAUUACAAGAUGUAUCAAAUGUUUAGUAAGCGGCGGUUAAACCGCGCGCUUCCUCCUCCUAGAUUGUCGUUUGAAAACUUGGAGUUCUUUAUCGAUAUUUGGUCAGAGGAGAAACUGGUUUUCUCGGGGUUAAUACUCGGUGUUGCGUUGGAAAUGGGGAUCAAAACGUUACCGUUAGGGAUUAGUAAUGUACUUAGAACUCACCUUGGUAGACCUGAUUAUAAGAUGGUUGUUCCUGCUGAGCCUAGGUUUACUAUUCCGUUAAAUCAGUCGGUUAGUGUCUCUGUUCUUGUGGCACGGAAUGAUUCGAAUAAGGUAGCUAGGAUAAUCAACCGGGCUGUGUUUGAUUAUAUUGACCGUUCGUCGUACAGAGCGCUUGCCUUUGAGUAUCUUGACUUGUCUCCUUGUUAUCCUUUUAUUACCGGUAUCCGAGCUUGGAUCUCUUUGCUUUUUAUGGAUGUUGAGGAUAUGAAUGAUGGGCCACUCGACGUUUUCGGGAUUCAGUUGGAUUUCAAUGAUGUUGCUGACACUAAAGAAGAGGUUUUGUGGCUUCUAGAUAUGCUUGAUUGGAAGUGAAAACAAGCUUUAAGACUCUAAUCAGGUUUUAUAGCUCUCUCUCUCUCAGGUUUGGAACUCUGUAUACAUAAUACAUCAUUUGCUCCAGU